UCAGUUUCUUAUAUUUAUUUAUGAACGCAUGGUAUGUCUUGGAUGCUGUUAAUCUGCCGGUCCUGCAUAAUUUCCCGUCAAACCGUUGCUUUGGAAAACGGGUCAAAGAAGCCUCCCUCGCGUCGGUACCCCCGCGUUUAGUGAGAUUGUUGCAUGCGAAAUGUGGUUCGGAAGCAUUUGAGGGUUGAUUCGUAAGAACAUAUCCACAAAGAAUGAAAUAACAACACUGAUGAUAAUGCAUAAGGAUGAUGGUCCGGCUAUAAACUAGUACUUGACCUUGUGAUAUCUACACCCGUGUCCAACAUUGUAUGUCACUAUGGAAAUAACAGGCUUAAACUACAUUGUAAUACUUGCUGUAGUAUCGUCAUGUGACAUGUCUUCAACAUGUCCCAAGGGAUGUUUGUGUGCCGAGGGACAGGAGGACCACCUAAUGCAUGUUACCUGUGAAGGUAGAGACAGUAUUCCUCAGAUGAAGAAUGUUCAGUCCAUCAACAUGAGUGCAAACAGCAUGUCGGUGAUACAUGGAAAAUCUGUGGAAAAAACGUCGACUCUAAAAAUGCUUGACUUGAGUUUCAACAACAUAAAUAUGAUUGAAAUUGGUGCGUUAGGAUCUGGUGGUGUUCCAAACCUUGUGAUGCUAAAUCUUUCUCACAAUCAUUUAACUUCUGUACCAAAAAACUUGACAUCAAGCCUGCAGUAUGUCAGACUGAGUUCAAAUGACAUUGAAAUUGUUCAUUUGAGUGAUUUGUGUCAUUUGAAAAGUGCCAUUCAUGUUUAUCUGGAGCAUAAUAAACUAAGGGAGAUAAUCCCAGUUGGGCAAGAGGAUGAAAACUGUGGUGAUGGCUUGGAGAAACUUGAAAUCCUGUCAUUUCAUGACAAUUUUAUCGAAAAAAUAGACAAGACAAUGUGGAAAUGUGUCAGUGGUGUGACAUAUUUGUCUUUCGCUAACAACAGAAUACAAACACUUAAACAAGAUGUAUUCAAAGGAUUAAGAGGCCUGAAGUAUCUUGAUUUGACUGGCAAUAGAAUAAAAACUAUUCACUCUAAGACUUUUAAACAUUUGUGGGAUUUGAAAUUUUUAUCACUAUCUCGGAAUUACAUUGAAGAUAUUCCUGAUGAACUCCCCAUGACAGAAUGGUUUGAUGUCUCCCACAAUAGAAUCACAGAAGUGCCUGAAAAAAAGAAAGGAUCACUUUAUCCACAAGAAGUAUUUCUGUUUGGGCAAAACCCUUUGAAUUGUGGAUGUGAAAUGCUUUGGUUAAAGGAAUUAUUCGACACAAGAGAAUACCAACUGAAAUUUCUUGAUGUAGAAACUGACAAGUUUAUCCCAGCAUGCUCAACUCCCAGUCAUCUCCAUGGAGACACGUGGGAUGUGCUGGCCAAUGAAGCUUUUGGUUGUAAUGAGCCUCAUUCUGGAACAGCCAAUGAAGAUGAAGAUGACCACUUGUUGUGGAGACUGAAAGAUCUUUCAGUCAGAGUUACAGAGAUAGGGGAUACUUACUUGAAGGUUGAAUGGGAUUCAGUGAAUAUUGGAGUGCCGACGAAGGAGAAACAUGUUGUUGUGUUUAAUAUUCAUAAGUUUGGUAGAAAGAAACAUCGUACAUCUAUUUCGGUACAUCCCCAGGUGGGGAGGUAUGUUUUGAAAGCUUUAAGUCCUGCCACAGGGUAUGUUAUCUGUGUGACAGUUGUGUCUGAGAAACUGCAUGAACCAAGGAACUCGUACAGUUCUGAUAACUGCCUGGAAAUUGUGACAAGGGAGACAACUGUGACUGAGGCGUCUUGGGUGUGGGAGAUGCUUGUGAAUCCAACAUUUUACCUUUCUGUCAUAACUUUGUCAGUGUUGGUCCUAUAUUUUAAUGUCUGGUGAAAUGAAAGGGCAAAUAAAGUUUCAUGUUUUUUGGUGGGAUGAGGAGUCUAUGGUUUUUAAAUUACUCCCAACUUUGUCCAAAAUGCAGGUGUUAUGUUUUCAAAGUAACUUUGCCUGUAUUUCAAUGUGUGAUGGAAGUAAAGGCAACAUAAUGUUUCUUGGUGGGCGAAAGAGUGUAUAGUUUUCAAGUUAACUCCGAACUUUAUAUGGUGUCCAAAAUGCCGAAUAUACAUUUUCAAAGUAACUUUGCCAGGUUUUUUUCUUGUAUUUGAUGUGUGACAACAGUAAAGCCCAAACAAAAUGUUGCUUGUUCUCGGUGUAAAAUUAAAUCCAUUUGUUUAAAGUGUGGUGUAUAGAGUGGUGAUAAUAAAUGUCUUUCUUCACGUCAUGAAUAGAUUAUGUAUGAAAUUACUCUUUAUUUUCCAACAAAUGUAUUUGAUAAAGGAAUGAGUUUGUCAUCUGUGACAUCUGUGAUUACUUAACAUGUCUCAACUUUCAACUGGUAUAUGAUGUAAUGGGGAUGGCUUGAUUUGGCAACAGGGAUCUAUGUAGAGAGUCUGUGAGUAACCAUCAUUCACACCACAGGAAGGGGACACCAGGAUUGGGUUCACUGAUAGAAAAUUGAACCUUGCACAACUGAAUCAGAACCACUUGAUCCAUUUGGUAACCUUGGAUUUUAGUAUUUUCAUAUCAACUGCAACAAUAUGUAUAUAGCCAUUGAUUAGAGUACUCUUGAUUUUUGGUGCACAGGUCGGGCCUACUCAGUGAAGCUUUGUAAAACUUUGGGGCAGUGGGGUAGCCAAAUGGUUAAAGCGUCUGCUAAUCACACUGAAGACCUGGGUUUGAUUCCCCACAUGGGUACAAUGUGUGAAACCCAUUUCUGGUGUCCCCUGCUGUGAUAUUGCUGGAAUAUUGCUAAAAGCCGUGUAAAAACCAUACUUGCACUUGUAAAACUUUGAAAACAGUUCAAACAGGUACUCCACUGGUUCCUGUGGCUGUUAUUUUUGUUUGAAGCUGACAAAAGUCUUAUGAUUACCCAUGAAUUCCUGCACAUUUAUUAGCCCAGUUGGGUUUGGUGCUUAUUGCUUUUACAGAAAUUGUUCAUUAAUAGUUGCAACUAUCAGUAUCCAUUGAGUGUGAAUGGUUUGUCUUGUAAUAUUAUGAACUUUCAUUAUGGAUAACUCUUCCAUUGUCAUUUUUUUUUAUGGAAUGCUUGUUGCUUUGUUGUGAAUGGAAAAUCUGAAGAAAUAAUGAAAUUAAUUUUUUGCUGUUA